AUGUCUUACACCAUUACUACCCGCAUCUACCAGACCGACCCCAACGCCUGGUUCACGACCGUAGAAAAGACGAUCUUCACCCGAGGGAUCUGGAGCGAAAUCGAUGAGAAACAAGUCCUCACCAUGGGCGGUAGCGGAACCUCCGGAAUUCUUCGUUUCAAUUCCGGCAGCGAGUACUUCUUCGUGGCACUUGGUGUGCACAACUCCAAACGCUGGGUCGACGUCGCCACCGACCUCACCUCGAGCCAGACCGCUACGGAUGCCCAUAAGGACUACUACACGGGUGGGACGGCGCAGACUGCAGUCAGGGAGAAGCAGUUGGACAAGUUUGAUGUGAAGAGCGCGACCGGGAGGCAGAUUCAGGUCAAGUAUACUGUUGCUGAGGGGCACAACCUCGAGGCAGAUAUCAUCAUUGGUUGAGUUUGCUGUGCUAGUUGUAACAACGAACAUCAUUUGUACUGUCCAUGACCAAUGCGUUCACGGGUCCAAGCUGUUCAGUAGACAAAUAUCUACUGAUAUUGAUCUUAGCUACGAUUGUGCGCUUCUUCUUCCGCUUCUCUUGUACUUGUACUCGUCGUUGCUUACGCUGUAGGCAUGAAAUGUCAUGGUUUCUUAUAUA